AUGUUAAACCGACCCCCGAAGUCCGCCGGCGCUGGAAGGGCGGGAAAUUCAAACGGGGGCGGGGUUGGGGCCCUUCAGGGGCAGUGCCGGGGUCCCCUCAGGGGCUCCCUCCUUCCGUCGGGGUUCAGGGUCACCAAUGGUGGCAAAACCACCUUGACCAACAGGCUCAUCAAGGCGCUCCCCAACUGCUGCGUCGUCCAUCAGGAUGAUUUCUUCAAGCCACAAGAUCAAAUAGAAGUCGGGGAAGACGGCUUUAAACAAUGGGAUGUGUUGGAUUCCUUGGAUAUGGAGGCAAUGGUGAGCACCGUGCGGGCCUGGAUUGAGAACCCAGUGAAGUUUGCCCGUUCGCACGGGGUGAAUGUCACACCUGGCUCUAGAGAGCCAACCUCCCAAGAUAUCCAUAUAUUGGUCAUUGAAGGCUUCCUGCUUUAUAAUUACAAACCUCUGAUAGAGCUGUUUGACCUUCGCUACUACCUGGCAGUGCCGUACGAAGAGUGCAAGAGGAGGAGGAGUACACGGAACUACACGGUCCCUGACCCCCCGGGCCUCUUUGAUGGCCACGUCUGGCCCAUGUACCUCAAACACAGGAAGGAGAUGGAGGACUCUGGGGUGGAUGUGGUUUAUUUAGAUGGCCUGAAGUCGAGGGAUGAACUCUACAACCAAGUCUUUGAAGAUAUUCACAACAAGCUCUUAAAUUGCUCAUAGGGUCUGGGAAGUUCGGGAAGAGCCGUGUACAGCGCGAUGUAAAUAAUACUUGGAAGUGGGAAUGGGGGAUGUUUGUGUGAACUCCUCUCCCACUGCCCUGUGGCAAGUCCCUUCUGUAUAUAAUUGAAAACUGAGGAUAACUUAUUCCCACCACAUGGACAGGAUUGCCUUGUUGGGGGUUUUUUUUUGUAAUUAUUUUAUAUUCCACUGGCUUACAGAGAAGUUGGAAACAGCAUUUUUAUAGCAGAACCAGUAGAGCUGUGCUGGGAAAGCAAGAGAGCUCCUGCAGACAGGAAGGCUUUGUGCAAGGCUUGUUUGUAACCUCAAUUCAGUAAAAAUCCAUUUCAGCCUCCUUUUGAGGUGCUGAUUUAAUUCAUCACUCAGCUUUUAUUGCAAUAAAAAUUGCGACAAAGCUCAUCCAAAA